GUUAAUAACAAAAUAUUAGUCGUCCGUCGGUGUAGUCGGUGUGCGGUCGGUCGUUUGUUCGUCAGUCCACCACCCUUCUCCUUCUCAUCCUCCACCACUUCCACGCUCGUCACUAGUUUUGCUCAACAAUUUAUUUUUAAAGAAAUAACCCGAACAAACCAUCAGUUCGAGAGGGGUGCAGAGCGAGACACGAGCACACAGAGCAGAGCAGUGAAUAGUGCGGCACAAUAUAUAUAUUUUUUAAAUUGGGAGGUGCAAACAAAAUUACUGUUGUUUUGUUCCUCUCAUUCUUAUUCAUUCUCUUGAAAGUGAUUUUUGUUUUUUCCUUUUAAACGUUGUGGCACAGUGUAUGUGAGUGUCUGUGUAUAUGUAUGCAUGCGUAAGCAGCAAUUAAACAAGAGGUGGAACGAGUACUACGCUACUAACAGAGCCAUUAGUAGACGGCGUCGCACAAUUAAAUUGAUUUUUCGCCGGUCACCUAACCUCAAAGCCCCUGCCGGUGAAAGGGGGGGUUCGGAGGCACAGCUGUUGCAUACAACAAAACAACAAAACACACGCCACCGAAUAACGUGGAUAAGGGAGACGACGAAAACAGACACAACAUGGAUAUCGAUUCACUGAAAAAUGAAUGGGAGGAGCUGAACAAGGAGUAUUCGGAGCUGGAGAACUGCAACAGACGCUACAUCGAGCUGCUGGAGCAGCUGCACAGCCGCCAACAGAUCUGCUUUAAUGAGAUCAAGCAUCAACGGUAUCGCAUGAACCAAAUAACGGCAUCAUUGAGGCAAUUUAAGGGUCCGGUGGAUGUCGAAGUUAAAGAGAAGGUGGAUGAGCUGCAGAAGAUGACCUUGAAGCGGAAGGCGCAAUUGCACGAAAUCGAACAAUCUUUGCCAGCGAAAUCGGGUCGCUAUUUGCAGAUAAUCUUGGGCGAUGUGAAUGUCUCGAUUCUCAACAGAAACGACAAAGUUCGCUAUAAGGACGACUAUGAAAAGUUUAAAUUAAUACUCAACGUAAUUGGACUGAUAAUGGCGUUCUUCAAUUUGAUAUUCAACUACAGAGCCUUGGAGCUGGCCUUCAUUUUCCUGCUGGUAUGGUACUAUUGCACCCUGACCAUUCGCGAGUCGAUACUGAAGGUGAAUGGUUCCCGGAUCAAGGGCUGGUGGCGGGCCCAUCACUUCAUCUCGACGGUGGCCGCCGGCGUGCUGCUGGUGUGGCCACAGGGCGAACAUUGGCAGAUCUUCCGCAUGCAGUUUAUGUACUUCAAUGUUUACAUCAGCAUUGUGCAAUAUCUACAAUUUGGAUACCAGAAGGGUCUGCUCUAUCGCCUGAAGGCAUUGGGCGAGCGCCACAACAUGGAUAUCACCAUUGAGGGCUUCCACUCGUGGAUGUGGCGCGGUCUGAGCUUCCUGCUGCCGUUCCUCUUCUUCGGCUAUUGGUUCCAGGCGUACAAUGCGUGGACCCUCUACAAGCUGGCAUUUACACCCCCCGAUGCACCCUGGCAUGUGUCGGUCAUGGCCGGCCUCUUCUUGCUACUGUUCGUUGGCAACAUGGCCACCACACUGUGGGUGGUGCCCGAGAAGAUACGCGAGCGAUCCAAGGAACGCUAUCGGCUCCUGAGCAUGGGCAAGUCCAUGAAGUUGCGCAGAGAAGUCAAGAAUAGCGCCAGUGACAUGGACCUGGCGAGCAGCGCCAACGGCAGCACAGUCACAGCACAGACGGCGACUGUGCCAAAAAUCCCAUCAGUGCCGCCGACGCAGCCACAGCCAUCGGCACCAGCACCAGCAUCGGCACCGGCAUCGGCACCAGCCGCCGAUAAGAAGGAAAUUUAA